GGCCAAGCUCAUGAUUUUGACAGCAACUGAUUGAAGAUGAGAUAGGAUGAGGAUGUUCAUGAUCCAUGGCCAUCCGUGGCCUGAGGAUGUUUUCCUAUUGUGUUGAAUUCAAUUCAGGCAGAGGGGUGAUGCCAACUCCUGCUCAAGCUCGUUCGCGUUCGUAGUUUUUGUUGCGUUGGGAUUCGAAGCAGUGGGAUUCAAUCUAUCCCACCGAUCCCUACACAAUUCAAAGUUGGCAACAAACAAUCCGAAGACCCAGCUGCGAACGUGUUUGUCAACAUGGUUUGCACAACGAAGGGCAAACUGGACUCCAUCGAGACCACCGCAAGUCAAAAGAAGAGGCAGGUCGGAGCGGUGCAGCAGAAGUUCAAGCUCCCAGAGCUCUGCUGCUGCUUCAGAAAGAAAGUUCAUGAGUUUUGCUGGGCAGAAUUGGUCUCCGGUUUUCAUGAAGCCUGCACAGACUACAAGCGAGACCGAGUAGGCCCUCACGAGGUGCCAGUGGAAAUUACUCUCGGUCGCGCCCUGGCGUUGGAUGACCCAAUUGGCCAGGUCUAUGGAGGUGAAGCUCACCACUUUCCGCUGAAACAUCCAAACUACGCCUUCAUCGGUGCUCGCCAUCAACUUCGACGAGUACACCUUGCACUCUAUAAGAAGUACAAGUACCUUGAUUAUGACAAGGAUCUGACCAUCUUCUCUUCAAAUUUGUUGGCCAUGACGGAGUCGGAGAUGAAGACCUAUGCAUUGCUCAUCCGUAUGUUAGAGAAGUUCUAUUGGAAGCGCUUGCUGCGGCCUGAGGUUGACGACGAAACUCAUGGGCAGCAACGCAGUCAGGAGCAGGCCCGUCAGGUGCUGAGGAGCUACCGACAUUUUUGCCCAGUCACCUUUGCCGCCCUGAGACAACGAGGCUUUGAGGAAAGUCUCUUGAAGAUCGUAGAUCAGUGGUUGCGGAGUUUCUUCUGCUUUGGUUGGGAUCCCCGUCCGCAGCACAUGGGCAACUUUCGGAGACUCAUUAAGGUGCUCUUCAAGGUGAAGGUGGACGAGAGUGACCCUUUUCGAGAUCUGCGGCGGAUUGGCGUGUGCCUGCUGAUGCAAAACUCGGACAAGCUCUUGGAGGCCUGUAAUCACCGAGCAAGCGCCAGGGACUUGGAGGCGAUCGCCAAGCGAGUACUGCUGGGCCGCAGCUUUUUCCAGGUGUUGGCGGAGAUGAACUGCAGUGACAUGGGGUUCAGCACUGAAGACUCGGUGGCCUUCCUGCCCCUGGGGGUCGUCGGUGGCUGGUGCAGCAUGGGCGAGCUUGACAGCGUGCUGCCAGGCUUGGGCCUUGUGAUCCCUGCGGCCUGCGCUUGCAUGGGCCUGGCGGCUGUUUACAAGUCCAAAUUCUGCAAGCCUUCCAAAGAAGUCAUCAUGGGACCAUUCUUCGUGGAAGAACCGGAAGAAAAGGAUGAGGAGGAGGAGGCUGAUGAGAGCCUGGAGGUGAACCUGGACGAGGAAGUCACCUUUGAGUUCCUGUUGGGCACCGGGCCGUGGCAGACCAGCUUGAGGCUCACCUACGACGCUGUAAUCUCAAUGGACUUGAACCCCCCUAUGCCGGUGAUGCAGCAAGCCUACUCUUACAGGUACCAAGACUACCGACACUUCCAGCAUGGGCAAGUUGGUCAAAUGUUUUGGGGAGGCGGAGGCGGAGGUUGGAAGAACAAGCGACAAGGGUGGAAAACGCAGAACUAUUGAGAACUGCUGAACAAAAUUGGUGCACUAUUUUUAAGGCGCAUUCCCAGGACCUCCUGCGCUUGGGAAAUGACAGUCU